CUGACUCGGAGAACGAGGGCUCCCGUCUCUCAGGUCGGUGAGCCGAUAUGAGAUUUCCCUCGCCACGCACGAAUCCGUCAUAGCUCAGCAUGCUCGAAGAGGAGAUUGGGAUACCAGACCCAAGCCCCGUGCAGCCAUGCACAUGCGAGCCGUCUAGCCAUGGGAAGCCCCCUGGAGACGGUUGUUGAGGAGGGCAUCCAGUCCUUUCAUCUUGCUUAAAUUCCCACGUUGUUGCGCCGUUCCCUGCGUUCCUUCUCCCAGGGCUUCUGCAUCCCAACUGUUUCAUCGAGACAACAGGUUCCCGAGGUCUGUUUGUGGUCUUCUCCGCAUCGGCUUCUUGCUUUACUUUACUUCUGUCGGGUCGGGGACUUGUGUGACUCCUGUUGCAGAAGAUCUUGCGUCUUGUCCUGCCUGCUGGGACUGUAUCACCGUUUGGUUUACCCGCCUUCACCUUGUACCACCGGAGCAGCUCAGCCUGAGGGUCUCUGUUCAAUAUGCCGAUGAAGCUGAAUCCUACGCUCGUCCUUUGGGGCGUCCGCAUGGGCUUCAUGUCCUACGGAUGGGACGCCGGUGUUCUGGGAGGUGUGCUUCUUACGAAGUCCUUUCAGUCCGCCAUGAAGGCACCGGAUGCAACCACAACCGCCAUGAUCGUAGCGUCCUUCCUCCUUGCAUCAUGGCUCGGAUGUGUAACCGCAGCCUCACCCUGGAGUGAUCGCGUCGGUCGCCGAAUCUGGGUUAUGGCGGGAGCUGCUGUUCAAAUUAUCGGCACAAUCAUCUCAGCAUCCUCCUACUCGGUUGGCCAACUCAUUGCCGGCCGUGUCCUCAUCGGUGUCGGAAAUGGCUUCGUCGUCUCCACUGGCCCAGUCUACGUCGCUGAAACCACUGGUACCGUCAAGCAACGCGGUCCCCUCGUGGGCAUCCUGAUGGGCUUCGCCUGCGUCGGCACCGCCUGCGCCUACUGGAUCGAUUUCGGUUUUACAUACGCCACGGGCCAAGUCGUCUGGCGCCUCCCCGUCGCCAUGCAAAUCAUCUGGUCCCUUCUCUGCAUCAUCUUGUGCUUUCCCAACGCAGACUCGCCGCGCUGGUACUUCCUCCAGAACCGGCCUGACGAGGGCAAGAUUGUGCUGCAGCAGAUCUACGAGGACAACACGCUUGCGGACAAGGUGGCGAACGAGAUCCAGACGGAGCUGAAGCAGGAGGUUGGUGAGACGUUGCGGUUUACCGACUUCUUCUAUGAUCGGUCAGAGACCAAGGCUGCGACAAGGAUUAGGGAUGGUGUUGUACUUGUUGGGGUCGCGUACCUCAUGGGAAUCAACAUGAUCUUCUACUAUAUGACGACCAUCUUCCAGGUGUACAUCGGGUUGCCGGCAACUACGGCUUCCGUGUGCUCUGGUGCAGCGACUACGCUUUUGGCUAUCGGCGCCUUCGUCGGUUCCAUCUUCUGCGAGAAGGGUGGACGGAGGAAAUGGCUUCUUUGGGGCUCCGCUCUGCAAUCUGUCUUCAUGAUCGCCUUUGUUGGACUUUUAGCGGCCGGCACUAAGGCGACGAGCUCCGCCGCUGCGGCAAUGCUUUUCGGAUGGAUCCUAGUCUUCAGUCCUACUUGGGCUCCUCAGCCGUACAUCUACAUCUCUGAGACCAUGCCUCUCCGCCACCGCCACACGGGUGUUGGCCUCGGUAUGUCGGCACAAUGGCUCAUGGCCUUCCUAACAGUGUAUGCCGGCCCAAUCGGCUUCGCGAACGUGGGUUGGAAAAUCUGGAUCUGGUUUGCCGUCUUCAACGUCAUCGGCUUUCCGUAUGUCUACUUCUUCCUGCGCGAGAGCCGAGGUCGUAGCCUGGAGCAUAUGAACGAGCUCUACAAUGAGAAGUUAGCGGUCGGCAGUGGCAGCUUGAGCCCUAGCGAGGGAGAGGGAAGCGUGAAGGCUGAGGAGAGCGUUGUGGAGCAGAAGGUCUAAGAGACUGUGUGCGAGUCAGGUGGAGAAGGUAGUGUAGCGUAAUGCGGCGGUGCAGCGGGCAUUAUUGGAGAUGUUGUUCGGCUCCAAUGAGAUUUACAAAGCAAUU